GAGUGCGGAGCAGAGAGCGAGGUUACACGUGAGAGCAGUCCAGAGAACGAAAGUAAGAGAGACAGAGGAGAGAGAGAGAAUAGCAGGACAGGUACGAUAGUGUGGAUUAUGGAGUUGAGAAGGUUUCAGUCUUACUUCACAAGUUAAUUACCUGUUGCUCACUGGAGGAGAACAAAGGAAGAGUAAACAAUAAGGGCAACGGAGAAAGAGAGCGAGGCAGAGGGGAAAACCAGGGGUAGAGGGAGACAGAGAGAGGGGGGAACAAGGGGUAGAGAGAAAGGGAAGGACAACAGUUGAAUGUUGACAGAGGGAGUGAGGAUAUUAAUCGGGAGAUAAACAAAAAGGAGGAGAGAGAGAGAGAGAGAGAGAGAGAGAGAGAGAGAGAGGGGAGAAAGUGUAGAGAAAAACGAAUAGAUUGACAUUGACAGAAUGGACUGGACUUCAAUGAAGCACUGACAUCAGCAAAAUAAAGGGGGAGAGAAAGAGAGGUCACUGCAGUAGGUGAGGUGCACUGUAGUUCCUUAAGCAGCUUACUAUGCAACAGGAGAGCUAGGACACGCAAAGACAGACAGACGUUCACUACACGAUUGAACCAUGUUGAUGAAGGAGUAUAGAAUAUGCAUGCCACUAACUGUGGAAGAGGUCUCCUUCCUUCCCAAGUUCAGUAUCCGUAUUGAGACCAGGUUUGAGAACAACAAUGGUGACAACAAUAAUGUAUUUGGAGACAGGCCCACCCCUGCAGAGAGCGUGAGCCACCUGGAUAUCCUCAUUGACCCCAUCCCUGACAAACACUACAAGGAGACAGAGGACCUGAGUCGCUGGGUGUCUGAGAAGACGGGCCGAGGCCCCCUGGUGGAAGGGUGGCGUAAGGACAGCACCCCCAUCAUGUGUUCCUAUAAGAGGGUGCAGUGCAGUUUCGAAGUCUAUGGCUUCCAGGGCAAGACUGAGGACUUCAUACACAGGAAUAUCCAGGACAUCCUACUGGUGGGGCACAGACAGGCUGUGGCCUGGACAGACGAAUGGCACGGGAUGAGUUUGGAGGAUGUGAGAGAGUAUGAGCGACAGAUACAGGAACAGACCAACAGCAAACUCAAAUCAACCCAGAACAACAACACAGCCCCUCGUCCGGCGUACUCGCGCUCUAUGUCCGUCACAGAUGAGCGCUCUCUGAAGAAGAUGGGAGUGAAGACUAUGGCCAUGUCAGACCCCUCCACCUCCACACUGCCUCAUAGCACUGUCCGCCUUAACUCCACCCCCGAGUAACACACACACGUUCAUACUGAUGCAUCAAUUCCUGCCUGCUUAAACCCCUCCGUGACAGGAACUACACUGCAGCAGUUCCUUUUUGUUUUACGGCCAUCCACCACAGACACAUUUAACCAGUAAAGCUACACUGUCCACAGAAGCAGCACUUAGACCACUCAGGUCCUACCCCUUUCUCCAGCUGUAACUAUAUAACCCAACCCCCUGUCCUACCCCUUUCUCCAGCUGUAACUAUAUAACCCAUCCCCCUGUCCUACCCCUUUCUCCAGCUGUAACUAUAUAACCCAACCCCCUGUCCUACCCCUUUCUCCAGCUGUAACAAUAUAACCCAACCCCCUGUCCUACCCCUUUCUCCAGCUGUAACAAUAUAACCCAACCCCCUGUCCUAACCCUUUCUCCAGCUGUAACUGAGUUUGCAUCCCAAUAUUACACUUUAUAUACAUCAAAGUAGACUGAAAUAUUACAAAACUGUUUGACAUAGAAACACCGAAUUUUCGUCAGGUAAAAACAAAAUGAAAUGAUGAAUAACAUUCCACCCAUGAGGCCUCUAGGUAAUGUGACUGCAGGACAGGGCUACUAGAGUGGAUAUAAUGGUAGGGGAGGGCCGUGGAUCCACAGAGACAACCCCCCCCCGCCGGUGUAUCGAGGCGCUGCAGCAAAUGACUGAAACAGGGCUAACCUUCACUGAUGAGUCAAUAGGAUGGCUGACCUCUGUACAGGCUGGGGAAUAAUCUGACAUAGAUGAUGAAUAUCAUUUAUAACUAGGUUUAUAUUGACACAUUAUACAUAUACUGUAUAUUUGGCUGUUUAGUCUAUUGUAAUGGAAGUCCAUUGUCAGCUAUGUACCUCUUGCAUGAAUGAAUAAAAGCCUUUAUCUCCUGUA